AUGGAUCUUUUAUCAGUCCUCCCGGACUUCCAUACAAAACCGUAUGCGCAUAUACUUCCGCCUUUGGAGAGAAGCAAGAUAACCACGGUUGAUCUCAUCACUCUCGAUACGCUUGAGAUCGCGAAACGCGCCCACGUGCCUCCAGCCGAUGUUCGUCGGUUGUGCGCCAGUGUCAUCAAGGCGCUCCAUCAUGAUAUCGGAUUUGAAGAUAUCGAUCAGCCCGCGUCUGCCGAGCCGAGCUCCAGUAUCAAUGAUGACCUGCCGAUUACCCUGGGAUCCACGACAAAGCUAGACCUGUCGCAAUGGAGCGCGAUCAGCACUCUCGACACCGCAUUAGAUGACCUGUUGGGCGGCGGGGUACCAACUAGCUAUGUGACGGAGGUGACCGGCGAGAGUGGGAGUGGUAAGACACAAUUUCUCCUCACUCUGUUGCUGGCCGUCCAGCUUCCUUCACCUCGGGGCCUGGGGAAGAACGCCGUCUACAUCUCUACAGAGGCCCCUUUGUCGACGCCACGGCUCUCCCAGCUCGUUUCUUCCCACCCGUACCUCUCGACCCUGCCUCGCGAUCGUGCCCCGACGCUGGAGAAUAUCCUAUCCAUCAAUGCCAUGGACCUCGAGUCACAAGACCACAUACUCAACUAUCAACUCCCCGUCGCGAUUCAACGCUACAACAUCGGACUCGUUGUCAUCGAUUCUAUCACCUCCAACUACAGAGCAGAGCAUACCGCACACAAUAUGCUAGGCCUCUCGACUCGAUCGGGGGAACUCACCAAGCUGGGACAAAUGCUACGCAAUCUGGCGGUACAGGAGGACAUCGCAAUUGUGGUCGCGAACCAAGUCUCUGAUCGAUUCGAUGCCAUGGACGGUGCUUCAGGAUUCCCAAGGAUAGGAGGUGGUGUACCAGGAAACGGAUCCCCUUCUACUCAACCACAACAACCUCAAUCCGCUCGCGAGCCAGGCAACGCGUCCCCCUUACCAAGAGUCCGGGCAACCGAGUCCGGCAACGUCGAACUAUCCCAACAUAAUGCUAUGCCACCAUCUUCUCCCUCUCCCUUCCCGUCUUCACCGUAUGCCGCCGAAGAAGACCCGCAACAGCAACCUUUCGACGGCUCAUACCUGGUGGGAAACCCGGUGCGCAGUGAGAUCCUCAGCCUGCUGCAUCAGCAGCGGUUCUUUACCGGAUGGGGCGACUCGCCGCAGCCAUUCCCCCCUAGUUCAUUCCCAGGUUUCCAGAGACCGUCGCAGAAGACACCAGCCUCGGCCUCGUAUCCUCUUCUUCCAGAGAGUACCCCUGUCCCACCAACAGCCAAAGUACACCCGGAACCGGAGGCGCCUGAUUUCCCCGGUGAGCGAGAAAAGCCCCAAUCAGAUCCCCCAGCAGAGACUGUCGCCGAGGAGAAAGGCACAGAAGCCGAAGAUAGUCCCGAAACUGCUUCUGUUCCUGCCCCUGCUCCAGUCUCUGAGGACAAACCGAGUAGCUCGCAGCUACCACCACCCUCACCUCAGCCGCCCGAGCGUCCUGUCCGGCGUACUAUGAAACUCGUCUUUGCGCCCUGGACCGGAGGGUUGGUGAACGAGCAAAACGAAACCCAAGACGAAGUCAGCUUUACGAUCUGGAAAGGUGGAUUAAAGAGCUGUGAAUAG